CCCCCCCCAAAAAAAACCCUAAUUUCUCUGGUUUCUAUUUUAGUUCUACUUAUUAUGUUGGAGUAACCUUUCUCGAUUGCUGAUUGAAGAUUUCAUGUUUCCGAUUCAGAUCGGUCGGUUUUAUCUAAAACAAAUUUGGAAGACUUCCCCAUUGAGUGUCUGUUUUGUUUUUAGUUCAAAUAUGUCUGCCAACACCAUGACGAGCAAACCUAAUGGAAAUGGUAAUGGCAAUGUUGAUGUCGAUUUCUUACCUGAUCCACGACGAACUUACCAAGUCGUUAUGGCCGCGACUAAAGAUUGGGGUAUCGGUAAGAAUGGGAAGUUGCCUUGGAAAAUACCUACCGAUAUAAAAUUCUUCAAUGAUGUCACUCGUACUACUUUAGACCCUGGGAAAAGGAAUGCAGUCAUAAUGGGCAGAAAAACAUGGGAAAGUAUUACCCCUGAAUAUCGACCUCUUUCGAGUCGUCUCAAUGUUGUUCUGACUCGUUCCGGAAGUUUUGAUAUUGCAACCGCUGAGAAUGUUGUUAUAUGUGGAAGCCUGGCGUCCGCUUUGGAAUUAUUAGCUGCUUCUCCUUAUUGUCUCUCGAUCGAGAAAGUCUUUGUAAUUGGCGGUGGCCAAAUAUUGAGGGACUCCCUCAAUGCAGCUGGAUGUGAUGCUAUUCACAUUACAGAAAUUGAGACGAGCAUCGAAUGUGAUACUUUUAUGCCUGCCAUUGAUUUCUCUGUAUUCCAGCCUUGGUACUCAUCAUUUCCUCUGGUAGAGAACAACAUACGGUAUAGUUUCAAUACAUAUGUUCGUGUGAGAACCUCUGCAGUUGAACACAUUAACCAGGACUGCAAUCAGAUCCUUGAUAUAGAUUCCUCCAAGUUUGAGGUACAUAAUUUCUCUUUCCUGCCCAAGAUGAUUUUUGAGAAACACGAGGAGUACUUGUACCUCAAUAUGAUUCAAGACAUCAUCUCCGAUGGUAAUAUGAAGGAUGACAGGACCGGGACUGGUACAUUAUCAAAAUUUGGUUGCCAGAUGCGGUUCAACUUGCGAAAAACUUUUCCGCUUCUGACAACUAAGAAAGUAUUUUGGCGAGGUGUUGUUGAAGAGUUGCUAUGGUUCAUCAGUGGCUCAACUAAUGCCAAGGUCCUUCAAGAAAAGGACAUUCAUAUAUGGGAUGGGAAUGCAUCCAGGGAGUUUCUUGACAGUAUUGGGUUGACUGGCAGGGAGGAGGGUGACUUGGGACCUGUGUAUGGGUUCCAGUGGAGACAUUUUGGUGCUAGGUAUACCAACAUGCAUGCCGAUUACACUGGACAAGGAUUUGAUCAGUUGUCGGAUGUUAUUGACAAGAUUAAGAAUAAUCCAAAUGAUAGAAGGAUUAUACUCUCAGCCUGGAAUCCUUCGGAUCUCAAACUGAUGGCACUUCCUCCUUGCCACAUGUUUGCUCAGUUCUAUGUAGCAAAUGGGGAGUUAUCAUGUCAAUUGUAUCAGCGCUCAUGUGACAUGGGCUUGGGUGUGCCAUUUAACAUUGCAUCUUAUGCUCUCCUCACGUGCAUGAUUGCUCACGUUUGUGAUCUUGUUCCGGGUGAUUUCAUCCACGUUCUUGGCGAUACUCAUGUUUAUACCACUCAUGUCAGGCCCCUGCAGGAGCAGCUUCAGAAAUUGCCAAAGCCUUUUCCGAUUUUGAAGAUCAAUCCCGUGAAAAAGAAUAUCGAUUCCUUAGUGGCUUCCGAUUUCAAACUCAUAGGUUAUGAUCCUCACAAGAAAAUAGAGAUGAAAAUGGCUGUAUAGAGCUCUAUUUUAGGCCGGGAGAUGCCAGUCCAAUUUGUGCUUCUUCAGUUUUAAGGGCCGGUCACCGGAAGGCUUAUGGCAAUGUAGUGACUUACACCGAUAACAAACUAAACCGGUUUGCUACCAGUUCGAGGACGAUAUGCAGCGAGAAUCAUUUAGUUCCACAGUUGUUGGUGGUUUCUAAGGCGAUUUAGGUUACCGUGUUUUCUUGUGUUGCAAGAUUAUGUUUAUCAUUUAAUUUUUUGGGGUUUCAUGUCUACAUGAAUCAUUCACUCUCUGAAUUCCCCCUUACCCGACCUUGAAAUAGAUUUGGAAGAACAAGUUUUUUCAGUGAAAGUGCCUUCUUUUGUCAA